AUGAGUACAACAAAAAAAUUUACAGUAGAAAAAAUUGAUUAUAUUUAUGAACGUUUACGUACACAAAUUACUAGCAAUGAAUCAUCAAUAACAUCUCAAUCAUAUGUGUUUUUUAUCAUUGGUGCAUCUGGUGAUUUAGCUAAAAGGAAAAUCUAUCCAACACUUUGGUGGCUUUAUCGUGAUGGUGUUUUACCGAAAAAUAUUUCUUUUAUUGGUUAUUCUCGUAGCCAAUUGACAAUUGAACAAAUAUUUGAAAAUUCUCAUAAAUAUAUGAAGAUUCAAGAAGAUGAACAUGAUAUUUAUGAAAAAUUUCUUAAACUUAAUUCAUAUAUUUCUGGUUCUUAUGAUAAAUCUGAAGAUUUUGAAAAUUUAAAUUCUAAAGCAAAUAAAAUAUCACAUCAAGUAAAUGCUCAUCGACUUUUUUAUUUAGCUUUACCACCAAAUGUUUAUGAAAGUGUAUCGGAAUUAAUUAGUAAACAUUGUCGUCCGGCAUCACCUGGUUGGUUACGUUUAAUUAUUGAAAAACCAUUUGGUAAAGAUCUUGAAAGUUCAAAUAAAUUUUCUCAACAUUUAAAUAAAUUAUAUACUGAAGAAGAAAUUUAUCGUAUUGAUCAUUAUUUGGGAAAAGAAAUGGUACAAAAUAUAUUGGUACUUCGAUUUUCUAAUAGAAUAUUUUCACGUGUUUGGAAUCGAGAUUCAAUUGCAGGGGUACAAAUUAUUUUUAAAGAAAAGAUUGGAACACAUGGGCAUGGUAGUUAUUUCGAUGAAGUUGGUAUUAUUCGUGACGUCAUACAAAAUCACUUAAUGCAAAUCUUAUCGAUUCUUGCAAUGGAAAAACCACGUUCAACAACUGGUGAAGAUAUUCGCGAUGAAAAAGUGAAAGUAUUACGUUGUAUAGCACCAAUUAAAUUAGAAAAUGUUAUUGUUGGACAAUAUAUUGAUGAUAAAAAUGUACCAAAAGAUUCUACAACACCAACAUAUGCACAAAUCAUUCUUUUUAUAAAGAAUGAACGUUGGGAUGGUGUUCCCUUCAUACUUCGUGCAGUUAGAAGCAAAGCAUUAAAUGAAAGAAAAGCUGAAAUUCGUAUUCAAUUUCGUGAUGUACCUGGUAGAAUGUUUGAUGAAGAACUAUCGGAAAAUAAUGUUGAAAGAACAUUAGCUCGUGAUGAACUUGUGAUUCGUAUACAACCUGAUGAAGCUAUUUAUCUUAAAAUAAAUACAAAACGACCUGGUGAAAUGAAUUUUAGUAUUGAAGAAACUGAAUUAGAUUUAACUUAUAAUGAACGAUAUCAAGGUGUAAAAUUACCUAAUGCAUAUGAACGUUUAAUACUUGAUGUAUUUAUGGGUUCAAAAAUAAAUUUUGUACGUUCUGAUGAAUUACAAGAAGCAUGGCGUAUUAUUGAUCCAAUACUCGCAGAAAUUGAGAAGAAAAAAUUACAAAUUAUUCCAUAUAAAUUUGGUGCCAUAGGAAUACGCGAAGCAUUCGAUGCAGCCGUAAAACAAGGUUUUAUUUAUACUCGUACAUAUGUGUGGGAAGAUGACUGA